UAGAUCUAUUAUCUAUGGGAUUUGUCAAAUAAAAUAUCCCUUAUAAAAAGUUUUCAACCGUUAUGUGUGAAUAAUUUGUAUUAAUCAAAUGAAAUUUUAAUAUUUAAUAUAUUAAUAUGUCUAAAGGAAUUAAAAUAGUUUCUGGAGCAAUAGUAUGUGAAGAGUGUAAGUUACGUGGAGACGUAACUAUAGGGGGUGGUACAAUAAUUCAUCCAAGUGCUUCUAUUAUUGCAGAAGCAGGACCAAUAAUUAUUGGAGAAAAUUGCCUCAUUGAAGAGCAGACCAAAAUAAUUAACAAAGCUCCAGUGGGUCAAAUUGAUAAUGAAAACGUUCAAGAAUUAAUUAUAGGAUCAAACAAUGUUUUUGAAGUGGAUUGUGCUAUAGAAGCCAUAAAAAUUGGAGAUAACAAUGUUUUUGAAUCUAAGAGUUUUGUAGGUAAUAAAGUGACUAUUACAAAUGGAUGUAUUAUUGGAGCUGGAUGUCGUUUGACUGAAGAGCAAACACUAAAAGAAAAUACAAUAAUUUAUGGAGAAAACUGUAACAUGAGAGAAGGAUUAGACAGGCCUUUGCCACAAACACUCCAAAUGGAUACUUUGAUUAGAAUGUUACCAAAUUAUCACCAUUUGAAAAAACCUAAUUUGGUGAAUAACAAGAAAAAUUAACUAUAUUGAACCAAAUUAGCUUUAAUUUUGGCAAUUUUUAUAGUACCAUAAGAAAACAUUUAUUAUUGAACACUAAGUAAUGAAUAUAGGGCUUUUAAGAUGUUA